CAGAAAAUACGCCUCAUCCAGAUAAGUCAUAGGAGCCAAACGACAAGAUUACCCUCAAUAACUUGUCAAUAAACAUAUAUGGUAGUCGUUCAUGAUAUGUUUUAAGUUCUAAAAGUGAGAAGCGAUGGACUUCUACAUCAAUUUGAAGGUGAAUUUCAGGGGCAAUGCCAAAAAUUUCCUCCUGUCUGGUUCGGAGACGAAGAGUUGGGAGUCAAUGGAGGCCAUGGUGAAAAGGUCCUUUGGUCUGUGUAAUCUGCAAGUGACAUACUUUGAUGAAGAAAAUGAGGAGGUUUCCAUUAAUAGCCAAAUGGAGUAUGAGGAAGCCUUGAAGAGUGCAUCGCGACAAGGGAACCGACUUCAUAUGAACGUGUAUGAGACCAGGGGCCAGCCCACACGCGUGCCAGCCAAGGCUAGCGCCACAGAGCCCAAGCGGGGCUUCAGGCCACCCCAACACUGCCCGACUCUGGCCCAGGUGGUCAGCCGCAAGAUCCAGGCUGCUGUCCCUGAGCAGGGCAUGGUCCCACAGGUGAUCAUGAAGGAACUGAAGGGGACAAAGGAGGAGGACAAGACCCCACCAGCCUGGUUCACAUCCUACAUGGAGAAGUUUAAGGACCAGGUGGUGCGUGAGGCGGUGGAGAAGAUCUGCCGGGAGUUCUCUGGCCAGUGUUGCAUCCACAAGCCCCUGGGGGCAGAGGCCCAGGUCCCUGAGGUCACGUCCUCCACCCUGCCUGGAGCACCCAGCUCAACUCCCGCCUGCAGCAGCUGCCGUGGCCAGACUGCUGGGGGAGGGUACCAGUGCAGUGUGUGUACGUCCUGCACACUGUGUGAGCCCUGCAGCUUCUCCCAUGACCCCAGCCACAACCUGGUAAGGGCACGGACCCCCCUCUCCAUCCCCGAGCACGGGUCCCCCGCGCCGGACCACAGCAGGUUCUACCGGCGAGGCGACCGGAGCUUCCGGAAGGCGGAGAAGCAGCGUCUGAAGGCGGAGAAGCGCCAGCUGAAGGCGGAGGUGAAGGAGAUCAGGAAACAGCUGAGGAUGGAGAGGCGGGGCCUGCAGUGGAGCGCCGCCGGCGACGGGAGCUCCUCCCCCGUCCUGCUGCAGCCUCGGGCCACCCAGGCCAACAGCCCAGAACGUCCGAAGCGCCCUUGCCCGCUGGUGGUGCCUGCCAUGACCGCCCUGUUCCUGGACGAGAACUUGCCCGACGGCACCCGCCUUCGCCCGGGCACCAAGUUCAUCAAGUACUGGAAGAUGAGGAACACUGGCACUGUCUGCUGGAGCUCCGACACCAAGUUGAAGUUCAUGUGGGGUAACUUGGCAGUGGGUUCAGGGGACCGCUGGAGGGAGGUGUCUGUCCCCUCCCUGCAGCCUGGGCAGGUGGGUGUUGUCAGCGUGGCGCUGUGCGCCCCGGCCCUGGAGGGCUCCUACACCUCCCACUGGCGCCUGGCCCACGGCGGCGAGCAGUUUGGCCCCCGCGUCUGGUGCAGCAUCGUGGUGGACCCCCUGGCGCCUGCCGCCAUGAUGGCCGACGGGGUGCUGGUGUCACCCUGCGUCACCCCGCAGGGGAAGAACCCUGUGUCCACUGGGAAGCCUGGGAAGUCCUGUAGCGUCUCCAGAGAGCAGCCUCUCAUGUCGGUGGACCAGGAGGAGGGAGAAUACUACAUCCCCUCCGUCGACCUUCUCACCGCGCAGGAUUUGUUGUCCUUCGAGCUGCUGGACAUCAACAUAGUGCAGGAGCUGGAGAGUGCUCCCAAUAACACUCCUGCUGAUAUGACCCCCUGUAUGUCCCCCCUGCCCCAUGAUGGCCCCCUGCAGGAGAAGACCACACCCCUGGGACUGAUACAGGAAGAGGCUGAGGCCCAGGGAGUCACCAGCAUUCUGGACGUGUCCCAGGGGGUGGGUCCUGGCACAGAAGUGGGAGGAGUCCCAGCCCAGGAGGAAGGAGAGGAGGACAUCAGCGGGACUCAGUUUGUCUGCGAGACCGUGAUUCGCUCCCUCACUCUGGAGGAGGCUCCUGACCACGCCCCCCUGCAUGGGACCCGGCCGAGGACAGGGAAAGUGCUCCGCCCAGCAGCUCAGGGGGGCUCCUCCUCCACCUGUGUCAAAGGGAAAGGGGCCGAUCAUCGAGGGGCGAGGCGGGUGGAGAAGAGCCAGGACACCGGCGCAGCGGCGCCCCUCCGCGCCACCCGCCCCGCCCCGCUCCGCACCGCUCUCCCGCCCCCCCUACGAGCCCCUGCCCCGCCCCCAGCUUGUCAGCAGGAGCAGAGGAUGUCAGACGAGGGUCUGGAGUCCGACAUCGAGACCAUCUGCGUGGACGCCAGCGGCGAUGAGGCCAAGGAGGGAGCGGAGAAAGACCCGGAGGGGGAAGGAAACGGAGAGGGGGCCCGCAGUCGCUCGUCCUCGGCCUCCUCCGAGGAUUACAUCAUCAUCCUCCCUGACUGCUUUGACACCAGUCGUCCACUAGGGGAGUCCAUGUACAGCUCUGCCCUGUCCCAGCCUGGAGAAGCCCUACCCGAGACCCCCGGUGAUCCCGACCACAAACAUCAGUGUCGAACCACCCCGGAGGGAGAGGGGGGGGACAUGGAAGAGGCCACCGGGGCGGUGUCGGGGUCCAGCAGUGCCAACGACAUGCUGUGUACCUCCCAGACCCUGGAUGAUGAGCCUCUGACCCCUGUGGUGGUGGCAGCACCCAGGCCCAACGCUGCUGCCACAUCCAGUGUGGACAGUGAUGCUGAACCAUCAGAGGGAAGUCUGGAUGUGACUGGACUCUACCAGCCUGGGGACACGGGGGAUGGGACCGGCCCGGUCCAGCCGCAGCCCGACAACGCAGCUGCCUCUGGGGGAGCCGAGGCCUCCGAGGACCCCAGGCACCCAGGCAUCACGGGUGGGCUGGUGAAGGGAGCUCUCUCUGUAGCAGCAUCAGCCUACAAGGCUCUCUUCACUGGGCAGCCUGGACCAGCACAGCCGCCUGUGGACGGGGCCACCCAGGACACCAUGAUGGCGGUGCUGGUGGAGAUGGGCUUCGGGGACCGUCCCCUCAACCAACGGCUGCUGAAGAAACACAGCUACAACCUGCUGGAUGUGGUCAAUGAGCUGGUCCAGAUGACAGAUAAUGACUGGUACUCUACCCGCUACUGAGGAAGGGAGGAGGAGGAGGAGGGAGGAGGAGGAAGGGGGAGGAAGGGGGAAGUGGCCUGACCUUCGAUGAGAGGGUAAGGACAAGGCGGAGCGAGAGAAGGAGGGUGUUAAACAGCAGUGCCUCGCCUUCAUGGCCUCCUCCUCUCUUCCGAUUGGAGCACGUCAACAGGAUGUAUCCUGACUGUGAGCGGAAAGAGACAUUCCCGAAAACUCUGGGAUUCUAGACUAUCAAAUAGCUACAGUCUGUAGAUUCACUCAUUCAUCCGUAGCCUUUAGUGGUGUUAUGCUUUUGCUUAGAAAAAGGGAGAGGAGGAAUAGAGAAAGUGAAUAACAAUUGAAUUCUGUGGCAUCACUAUGGCAUCACUAUGACAGCAGUGAAAUAUCAGUUGCUAUCAACAAAGUUACAUGCACAUUCACUCGUGGCCAUAGCCUGAUGCAAAGUCAAUAUGUAUCUAUAGAAAACUAAAGAGCUACAAUUUGCUUAACAGAAUAUAGGCAAUAGGUGUAUAAUAGCUAGCCUACUUUAUCAAUGCCCAUUAUCAGAUGGGACUUAUUUAUAAACAUACUGUAGGUGUUGACUUUAUAUGAUGAUUAUUAACUACAUAGUGUGUUCAAAUAACAAACACUUUACAUAUUUGGCUGACACUCAAACCAACUUACAUUGCAGUAUUUACUCAGUGGCCUCAUGUCCAGUUAUCCCCAUCAAAUCAUUCAAUUUAGUUGGACGUCCUUUGAAUUCUUCCUGUACCUGCUUAGAGGUAUUUUUCAAUCUUUCAAGGUUAGUUGAUGCUAGAUGCUAUAUGCUUCUAGUUCUCACAAUGGGCUGUUUGAUUAUGCCAUUUUGUAUAGAUAAGAAGCUUUUUGAAUGCUACAUUGUGAGUUUGUGUGAAUCCCAGCCACUGUUCCCAAAGUGUGCAUGACUCAAUGUUAGAGAGACUCAGCUUCUUUGUGUUCGGUGUCACCGGUAUAGAAAUAAACCUGGACACACACCCACACACUCAUCCAAAAAUCUGAUUUGCUCAAAUAUCAGUGUACUAUUAUGAAGUGAUACUGGUUAUUCAUGAUUGAAAUGCAUUCCCCCCUACUAUUGUGAUGGGAUUUUCCUAUAGCUGACAUCAUGCUGUGGGUAUGUGAAAUGGGUGUGUUAAAUGUAAUUGCACAAAAAAAUUGGGACCAUACACUGAAGACACACUCCAGGAGUAUCCAUUGGAAGGGUUUCAAAUGAGGACCAUACAAUAACGAAAGGAGAAAAAAAUACCAAUCCGAAUGUCUUUAGAUUUUUCUUUCUACUUUUUCUUCUGUUGUACAAAGACUGGACUAGUGUGUAUAAGACCCUGUUGAAAAGAUCAUUGUCUUAAAGAAGAGCUAACCGCUUUCACAUCACAUUCACAUUCUACUUCAUUGUUCUUGUGGGUCCAUGAGUGAUGGUAUCAACAUUCUCUAUUCUGAGAUUGUUCUUUCUUUUUGACAUAAAAAAAAAAAAAAGAAAUGCAUCAAGUUUAUUCCAAACUUGAAAACUCACUGGAAUCAAAAGAUGUAUCAAAAGGCUGCAGUGCUUUCUUUGUUUGUUUCUUUGUUUUGCGAUAUGGACAGGCUGAGUGUGCUUUCGUUUCUAAAGUGAAGUGAAAGGGUCAUUAUGCUAUUUUAAGGGUUAACGUCUAUUUUAAGGGUUAACGUAUUGGUUGUUUGAAAAAAAAAGUCACAGAGAAUGUUGUUUUUGAUGGUCUUCUCUUUGAAAUUUGCUAAUUUGUGUUAGGAUUUGCACUGUUGUACGUUUUAUGUUUGUAGAAACUGUUACCGGAAAAUCAUUUUAGAUGUUUUGCACUCAUAAAGGUUGGGAGAAGGAUAUGGACAUGAGAAAAAAACAAAAGCACUUAUACAUAGAAAUAUAUAUGUUAUGUAGGAAUGGAAACAGGUUUCUAAUGUACUGCUUUUAAGAAUGGAGUUGGAUUUAGUUUAUGUCCUCGAUGUAAAACCAAAGUUGAAUUAACCCCUAUUAUACUCUGAUAGGUGACAAAAUAUUAAGUUCCAUUCCCAGAUUUACAGUGAAUGUGCAAUAUAAUAAAUAUUAUUAUAACGAUGAUAAAGAAUUGGUAGUAUUUUUCAGAUUUUAGGAGGUUAUAAAAUAAAGAACAAUUAUGUUGAUGAUGAUGGUAUUUUCAAUAAUUAAAAUUUUGAAAGUCCUGUCCCUGAAAUAUCUAUUGAGACAGAAAUGAUACUUCAGAAGAUAAUUCCACUUGAAACAUAAUGAAACGUACUGUAUGCUUUCCAAAUGGUUAGGAUAUUUUCAUAGGAGUGAACAGAGGUUUUUUGAAUAAGAGAAUGGUGCGGAUUAAGCUUUUUCUGUGUUGCACUUUAUGGACAUUAUAUAUGUGAUGUACAAAUCUCUGUCAAAUAAAAGUCACUACACUCACGAACGUCUGUAGUUUUGAGA